AUGGAACUCAACCGAGAACAUUUUCGCGCCAUAAUUUAUUACAACUUUCAGAGACGAUUAUCGCAACAAGAAUGCCUUGCUGAGUUACUGUCUGAUUUCGGCAACGAAGCGACACAUCAUCUGAGAGACGAUUCCAGGGUGGGUGCACCAAAAACGACAGUCACCCAGGAAAACGUCGAUGCUGUGCGCAAACUCAUCAUUGAAGAUAGACAUUCGGCUGUUUGGGUGUUCCAAGCUGAAGAAAAGCCAACAAAAGUCAUCCGUUCUCGAAGUGGUUCGAAAAAGAUGGUCGCGACAUUUGUGUCAAAAGCGGGUCUUAUUGCAACAAUUCCUCUUAAUGAGCAAAGCACUGUUACUGUGGAUUGGUAUACCACCAUUUGUUUGCCAAAAGUCAUCACCGAGCUUCGAAAAAUCAACCCCGAAAAAAGAGUCAUCCUCCACCAAGACAAUGCCAGCUCGCAAACAGCCCGAAAAACAAGGCUGUAUUUAAUGGAAGAAAACGUGGAAUUAUUGGACCAUCCUCCAUAUGAUCCCGAUCUAAGUCCUAACGAUUUCUUUACUUUCCCGAAAAUUAAAAACAGACUGCGUGGUCAAAUAUUGCGGUCACCAGAAGAAGCAGUUGACGCAUUCAAAAAUGCCAUUUUGGAUCUUCCAGAAAACGAGUGGAAUAACUGCUUCGAAAAUUGGUUCGAGCGCAUGCAGAUGUGUAUUAAUCUUCUCAUUUAA